GAAAAUUUAGGUUUCAUAGCGCAGCAAACAUUCACAUUUUUCUUUCUCUUAGCAAAUUGUCUUUACUUAUCAUUGUUGCCUGAUCCGGUAGAGAAGAUAUUUUGGGAUAAAGACCGAUUGCUUGCGAAAACAGUUUCCGCAUUUUAUGACGUGUGUGUCUUGUCCUUGUCCCAUUGGUCUUCUCCUCCGCUCAAGAGAUUUCCCGCGCUGCUCGCUGUAAAACAACACACUGAGCUGUCAGCCUGUAGCAAAAGCAAGCUAACGUCCUAAAAGCGAUUUCACGUACUUUUCCGCCGGUACCGGGGCAGUUUCUUUAUAGUCAGGUAAUGCCGUCCUCAGAUUAUGACUCUGCCGCUCUGCCGGAUUUGUUGCCGCUGUACUACCGACGGCUGUUUCCCUUCUCACAGUAUUACCGCUGGCUGAACUAUGGAGGAGUGCAGAAGAACUACUUUCAGAACCGAGAGUUCUCCUUCACACUCAAAGAUGACAUCUACGUCCGCUACCAGUCGUUUAGCACGCAGACGGAGCUCGAGAAGGAAAUGCAGAAGAUGAACCCUUACAAGAUUGAUAUCGGAGCCAUCUAUAGUCACAGGCCCAGUCAACACAACACAGUGAAGUCAGGAACCUUCCAGGCCCUGGAGAAAGAGCUGGUGUUUGAUAUCGACAUGACAGAUUAUGACGAUGUCAGAAGCUGCUGCAGUGCUGCAGACAUUUGCAGCAUGUGCUGGACCCUGAUGACCAUCGCCAUUCGCAUCCUGGACAGAGCUCUUCGAGAGGACUUUGGUUUCCAGCACCUGCUGUGGGUUUAUUCGGGCAGAAGAGGAGUGCAUUGCUGGGUGUGCGAUGAAGCUGCGAGGAAGCUCUCUGUAGCAGCGCGCUCGGCCGUUGCAGAGUACCUCAGCCUGGUUAAGGGAGGAGACGAGACGGUAAAGAAAGUUGUGCUCACAGAUCCAAUUCAUCCUUUUAUCAAAGAGUCUUUGUCGGUGGUGGAACGAUACUUCCCCCGCUACGCUAUACAGGAACAGGACAUACUGGGCCGCAAAGACUCUGUAGACAAAGUGCUGGCACUUGUUCCUGAAGAUGUAAGAAAAGAAUUACAGCAGGACUUCCAAAGCGAGAAGAAACCAGAGACACGUUGGAAACUGCUGAAGGAACAAGCCAACAGGAAACAGGCCACUGCCAAAAAGAGCCAACACUUUGAGAAAGAAAUCAUGCUGCAGUAUUGUUACCCCCGGCUCGAUGUGAACGUCAGUAAAGGCGUGAACCAUCUGCUGAAGAGCCCCUUCAGUGUCCAUCCCAAAACAGGGCGAAUUUCUGUUCCCAUCGACCUCAAAGAGCUAGAAACGUUUGAUCCCUUCGCUGUGCCCACAAUCAGUCAGAUCUGUGAGGAGCUGGAUCGACCCAGGACGGGCGAAGAGGAGGAGAAGUCAGAGGACACCAAGGAGAAGGAAAACGGGACGGACGCAGCAGAGAGACGAAAGAUCAGAGAUUAUAAGAGAACAAGUCUGGCGAAGUACGUGAAGCACUUUGAUCGGUUUGUGGAUGGGAUGGCUCGCUCGUGGAAAGGAGAACUUCUCAAAAAGAGCGAUCUUCAGAAAGACUUCUGAGCUGGAUCGACGAUCAGGCAGUGAGACACGACAGAAACUGUUAAAGCUCCUUAUUACUUUUUGUGGAUGACGACACAAACUUUCCUGUUUUGGGGGUUUCAUUUUUUUCUGUAAUGUUGACAUUUUUCUGAUGAACAAUAAUUUCAUCCAGAUCUAAUUUCCAGA